GAGCUCCCGAGCACCCGUAGGUCGGAUUCCGUGGAUAAGGCACCGGAAGUGACCGCUUCUUGGCUGCUUCCUCUCCUGGAGUCCAAAGUCCAGCUGCUCCGCCGCGAUAUUCAGUAAACCACUGGGAGUCCGGCAGCAUGGAGGCAGCGCGCCCUCCCGCGAAUGCAGGGAAAUUCGUGGUGGUCGGCGGCGGCAUCGCGGGCGUCACUUGUGCGGAGCAGUUGGCUACUCAGUUUCCAUCAGAAGAUAUUCUCUUGAUAACAGCUUCUCCCGUUAUUAAAGCAGUUACGAAUUUCAAGCAGAUUUCUAAAAUAUUGGAAGAAUUUGAUGUUGAAGAACAAUCAAGUACUAUGUUAGAAAAACGCUUUCCCAACAUUAAGGUUAUAGAAUCUGGAGUAAAGCAACUGAAGAGUGAAGAACACUGCAUUGUAACAGAAGAUGGCAAUCAGCAUGUAUAUAAGAAACUCUGUCUGUGUGCUGGAGCUAAACCAAAGUUGAUAUGUGAAGGAAAUCCUUACGUAUUAGGAAUCCGUGAUACAGACAGUGCUCAGGUAACUAACUUCAAUAUUGUUUUUAGGUAUGAAAUUGAAGGCUGUGAAGUGAUUUGGGCCAUUAAAGAUAAAGCUAUAGGGAAUACUUUCUUCGAUGCAGGAGCAGCUGAAUUCUUGACUUCAAAGCUCAUUGCUGAAAAACCAGAGGCUAAAAUUGCACAGAAAAGAACCAGAUAUACAACUGAAGGUAAGCAUAGAAAAGGGCUACAAGAAAAUUUAAUAAAACAAAUUUUGGAAAUAGUAAUAUGGUUUUCUCAUAAGAUUCACCUUGAAACUAUGUGUGAAGUAAAGAAAAUCUACCUUCAGGAUGAGUUUAGAAUUUUGAAGAAAAAGUCCUUCACUUUCCCGAGAGACCCUAAGUCAGUUACAACUGAUACAGAGAUGUGGCCUGUCUAUGUGGAAUUGACCAAUGAAAAGAUAUAUGGCUGUGAUUUCAUUGUCAGUGCUACAGGAGUUACACCAAAUGUAGAACCUUUUAUCCAUGGUAACAGUUUUAAUCUAGGAGAAGAUGGUGGCCUGAAAGUGGAUGAUCAUAUGCACACAUCCCUUCCUGAUGUCUAUGCUGCCGGUGACAUCUGUACUGCAUCCUGGCAGCUGAGCCCAGUCUGGCAGCAGAUGAGGCUGUGGACCCAGGCUAGACAGAUGGGAUGGUAUGCAGCAAAGUGCAUGGCUGCGGCGAGUUUAGGAGACUCCAUUGACAUGGAUUUCAGCUUUGAACUGUUUGCUCAUGUGACAAAAUUUUUUAACUAUAAGGUUGUACUGCUGGGAAAAUACAAUGCACAGGGCUUAGGUUCAGAUCAUGAAUUAAUGCUGAGAUGUACCAAAGGACAAGAAUACAUCAAAGUCGUCAUGCAAAAUGGACGAAUGAUGGGAGCUGUCUUAAUUGGUGAAACUGAUUUAGAAGAAACAUUUGAAAACCUAAUCUUAAACCAAAUGAAUCUUUCAUCAUAUGGAGAAGAUCUACUAGAUCCAAAUAUUGAUAUAGAAGAUUAUUUUGACUGAAAAUGGAAUUUCUUCAAGAAUCAUAUAAAGUUCCAGAUGACACCAGAAGAAUCACAAGUCAAUAAAAUCAAUGACUGCAUUGAGUUAAUGAUGACCACACUGAAAAUUACUGAAGUGAUAAUGGUAUUAGUGGAAAAGUAUAAAAACAUAAAUUCCAAGUUUGAAAUCAGUUCAAAUAGUUUAUUUAUAAUCUUUCCAAUACAGCACUGACCACUUAGAUAAAAAUCUUAUUUAUUUCUAUGUUUUAAACAUAAAUAUGUUUACUUGUGACUUAGCUUUGAAGCAAAUUUAGCUAAGUUAUCAACUUAGCCAAAUGUACUCUAGUAGGCUAGAACCAUUCUUUGUGAAAUGUCAAAAUAUGACUGUGGUUUCAGGAACUUUAAAAUCGGUUUUAUUUUACUUUAAAUAGAGAUGUAGCAGUAUCUCGUCUGCUAAUAUU